UCAGUUUCACGGCGAUUGUAUUCUUACUUUAUCUCUUCUUGAGCUGGCCAGGCUUCAAGCGGCCAAGAGGCGCACAGCGACGACGUGGCCCCUCUUAACCGGACACGGGUCCCCUCAGCGACCCUUUUUCCCCCUCACCCAGUUAUCCACUCAGCAGGCCGCCGCGUCUGGCCUGAGCGGUGACCUGGCGGGCCGCGCCUGCGCUGUUCCCCGUUUCCUGCCUGGCUGGUGGCGGCAGCCAUUUUGUUCAUCCUCCUCCUCCUCCUGCUCCUCCUGGUUGGAGCGCAGUGUCCGGAGCAGGCUGGGGGGAUAGAACCCGAAAGCAGGAUUCGGUGCCUUUUCCUCUGACCCCAUCUGGUGCCCGGAGUCCCCCUCCCCUUCCUCCCCACCCCCUCCCCUCCCCAACCCUGCCCUCCCCCUUGUCCCGGGAUCACUCCGUCGCACCCACCAUGAUGGAAGACGACGGGCAGCCCCGGACUCUGGGUGUUUUUUUUUUAGACAAAGACUGCUCCAUCUUCCUAGGUCUUCCCCCUGCAGCACUUAGCUCACUGCCUGGAAAAUAAGAGACACACACAAGCUAAGACAUAUGGUUCUAUCAUCAGAAAACAAUAUGGUGUUUAUAGCCUAGAUACGUAGGCAACCUCUCCAGAGAUGUGACAGAAGUCCUUAUCCUUCAGUUAUUCAGUCAGAUCGGACCCUGUAAAAGCUGUAAAAUGAUAACAGAGCAACCCGAUAGCAGAAGGGUCAACUCUUCUGUUGGAUUUUCUGUUUUGCAGCAUACAAGCAAUGACCCAUAUUGCUUUGUGGAAUUUUAUGAACACAGAGAUGCAGCUGCUGCAUUAGCUGCUAUGAAUGGGAGAAAAAUUUUGGGAAAGGAGGUCAAAGUAAACUGGGCAACAACACCAAGUAGCCAGAAAAAAGAUACUUCCAAUCACUUCCAUGUGUUUGUUGGGGAUUUGAGUCCAGAAAUUACAACAGAAGAUAUCAAAUCAGCAUUUGCCCCUUUUGGUAAAAUAUCGGAUGCCCGUGUAGUUAAAGACAUGGCGACUGGAAAAUCCAAAGGCUAUGGUUUUGUGUCUUUUUAUAACAAACUGGAUGCAGAAAAUGCAAUCGUGCAUAUGGGAGGUCAGUGGUUGGGUGGUCGUCAAAUCAGAACCAACUGGGCCACACGUAAACCACCUGCACCUAAAAGUACACAAGAAAAUAACACUAAGCAGCUGAGAUUUGAAGAUGUAGUAAACCAGUCAAGUCCAAAAAAUUGUACUGUGUACUGUGGAGGAAUCGCUUCUGGGUUAACAGAUCAACUUAUGAGACAAACGUUCUCACCAUUUGGACAAAUCAUGGAAAUAAGAGUUUUUCCAGAGAAGGGCUAUUCAUUUGUCAGAUUUUCAACCCACGAGAGUGCGGCCCAUGCCAUUGUCUCGGUGAAUGGCACUACGAUUGAAGGACAUGUUGUUAAAUGCUAUUGGGGUAAAGAAUCUCCUGAUAUGACUAAAAACUUCCAACAGGUCGACUACAGUCAGUGGGGCCAGUGGAGCCAAGUCUAUGGAAACCCACAACAGUACGGGCAGUACAUGGCGAACGGGUGGCAAGUACCGCCUUAUGGGGUAUAUGGGCAGCCGUGGAAUCAACAGGGAUUUGGAGUAGAUCAAUCACCUUCUGCUGCUUGGAUGGGUGGAUUUGGUGCUCAGCCUCCCCAAGGACAAGCCCCUCCUCCCCCCGUAAUACCUCCUCCUAACCAAGCUGGGUAUGGUAUGGCAAGUUACCAAACACAGUGAGCUGGGACUCGAGACACAGGUGUGAUUCAUGAUCGCUUCAGUUUCCUGUGACACUCUGAAGACACGGAAGUAGACAUCGGAAAUGGAAAUAUUUAUUUUAAAAAUUGAAAUGUUUGGAACCUUUAGCACAGCUUUGCUUUGGUGAAGGACACAUGUCUUCUAGUUCUGCCUUUUUAAGUUUUUGUUCAUGAUGGAUAUGAACAUGAUUUUUCUUUGUGUACAAAAACUAAAAUAAAGUCAAUAAAGACAA